UGGGGCCCUUAGGGGAGUCUUUGAGGGCCUCUUGGGGCCCUCGCGAAGGGCUCGGGACCCCUCGUGGAGCAGUCCAGAAGGCCGUCCAUCAAGAAAGGGGAGCCCUCAAUCCGUAGCCGUUUUGGCUCAAGAACUGCAACUUGCAAUUCUCUUGACCGCCGGGCUCAAGCCGGGCUUGUUCGCUCCCGAGCCCCUUCUCCUGAUCAGCACUAAUGGAUCGCAGCUUGCGGCAAUCACCUGUGAUGGAGGUGGUGAUGGACGUGCAUCAAAUCAUCGACAAUGUGAUCGACAACUACAGGAAGGACAACUACGGGAACAUCUACUACUUGUUGGCGCUUGACAUUCAAAACAAAAAGUGGACUAACGACUGCGUGUCGGUGAUCUUCGACAGGAUCCUAUCUUCUAACUACAUAAUGCCAGAGUCGGUGAUCUUCGGCAGGAUCCGAUCUUCUAACUACAUAAUGCCAGAUGAGCCAGACAACGACGAGGGGUUUAUGCACAUCGAGACCAUCGAGACUACGAGGGGAUUGGACCCUUUGGAGGCGUUAGCGUACCUCGUCAGUGUAGUGGACGAGCAGGAUAGGCGCGCGAAGCAGAAGAGAACCUUGCACCGGGAGCUCUUGCACCGGUGCCAAUCCAAAUUUGACGAGUUGUUCACAUCCAGCAGCACGGAUGAGGACAAGGAUCAGGUGCUUAAGUGCAUGAGGUUCAUCGGCUAUUAUUGGGUGUAUAUGCGCAGCAUGGCAUUCACAGGGGUUGCGGAACACAUCUUCGAUGAAUUGUUGCGAGGUGUUUCACCGAAGUCCCUUCACGAAGAGUGGAAGGUCGAGCUCGCUUGCGAGUUAUUCUCCGUGUGCUCGCCGAAGCUGAACAGGGGCGAGUCAGGGAAGGCUUUGGCGCAGCAUGUGCUCAUUCGCAUCGAAGGCUUCAAGGUUGAACGAAGUCACCACUACUCCGAACGCACCUCAGCUCGGAUUCAGAAGCUGCUUGACGACCAGGCGCUGGCGAGGAGGACGCACGACCUCAUGAUCGGCGGCCCGCUGAGCAACGCCUUUGACUUCAUCGAUGCCUUGAGCUUGGCGCGAUCAUGCUGCGUCAGCGAAUGGUUGAAGCGAUUCAUUUGUGAUUGCGACAAGUUCAACGAGAUGAUGGAGCAGGAGAAGGAGAGGGUGUACAACGACGAGGCAGACAGCGAGCCGGAUGAGUCGUCAAUCGAUUGGGAGCAAGAGCGCAGGAUGAACGCGUCGGAUGAGUCGUCAAUCGAUUGGGAGCAAGAGCGCAGGAGGAACGCAUGGAUAGGGUUGGACAUGUAUGGGCAAGGGUGAAUGCAGCCCAAAAGAGGUGCCAAGAUGAGCACGUGUCUUGCGUGCCGUCCGAUCGGAGACGUUUUUUGGGCCCGUGCUGCCAGCGGCGUUUCGCCCUCGAACACUCCGCCGCCUCCCUGCUAGCUGCUUCGAUCGUCCACCUGUCCUGGGGCACGUCAGCAAGCCUGGCUGCGUAGCGCCAGACCUUGUGUCUCCAGGUGACGAUCCAGCUCCGUCAGCUGGAGCACCACUUUGGCUGUGGCACGUUUGACCAUAUCUUUCCAUGGUGCCCAAGCUAGGAACACAUGCAUUGAAUUCGUCAGGUUGGCAUUUGGUUUGUCGGCUUCGUCUGCGGCCGCCGUUUGCACCAUGCUUGCCAGCGUUGCACGUGUUUGGUGCGCCGACUCCAUCGGAGGUCGGUUCUCUUAGUUUUGCACGUGUUUGGCGUGCCGACUCCAUCGGAGGUUACUUCGCUUCUGUAUAAGCGCUCUUUAUGGGGCCCUCCCCGUCCCCCUCUGCAUUUUAAGAGCUUGACGCGUCAACUGGCGAUUGGCAUGCGUGUCAUCGUGCCGACAGGAACAAAAAGGGGAGCCCUGAAA